CAGGACCUGUACGCUGCGACGUUAAGGGACUCUCCGUAACGGGUGCAGGGGGGACUGUGGAGCGGGUACCGGGGAUUUGGCCGUAUUUCUUUGAAUCGGUUUUGUGAGGGCGAGCGGGAGCUAUGGCGAGGUUCUCCGCGCUCUGGGUGCUUCUACUGUGCCAACUCUUGACGUGGUCAUCCGCACAGAGGCCUGGGCCCAGAGGAUCCCCUGGGCAGCCAGGACCCCCAGGACCUCCAGGAAAGGAUGGCACAGACGGUAAACCAGGCCCUGCUGGUCUACCAGGGAAAGCAGGACCCAAAGGAAAAGCUGGGAUUCCCGGAAAAUCAGGACAACCAGGCUUGCCUGGACUUCCUGGAGUGGAUGGUAUGAUUGGUCCUGAUGGCCCAGCCGGAAAAGAUGGACCUGCAGGAGAAGCUGGUGAAGCAGGACCUCCUGGACCAGCCGGGCCUCCGGGCAGAGGGAGAGCAGGAGCACCAGGUUUACCUGGAACUAAUGGCCUACCAGGCGGUCUUGGACCACAGGGGCCUACUGGUCCCGAGGGGCUUCCUGGACUUCCCGGCCCACCUGGUCCUGAUGGCCCUCCUGGUCUCCCAGGCACACUUCAAGAUCUCAAUGGUGACCUUCUCUGUCCAGCUAUCUGCCCCCCUGGUCCCCCCGGCCCACCUGGAAUGCCAGGAUUUAAGGGUCACACUGGACACAAAGGAGAUAAAGGAGAGGUUGGGAAGGACGGAGAGAAGGGAGACGCUGGUCCUCCAGGGCCCCCUGGUAUUCCAGGCACUGUGGGUCUGCAGGGCCCACGGGGUCUGAGGGGGCUGCAGGGGCCCAUGGGUCCAGUGGGAGACAGAGGGUUGCCUGGCUUCAGAGGCAAACCUGGUGCUGCUGGCCUCAUUGGAAAAACAGGCGACGCUGGAGAGAAAGGGCCACAAGGGUUCAGAGGACCAAAGGGCGAGAUGGGUAAAAUUGGUCCUAAAGGAGCACCUGGAGGGCCUGGGCCUAAAGGGGAGCCUGGUAUUCCAGGGAGAGACGGCAAAGAUGGCACACCAGGACUGGAUGGAGAGAAGGGCGAUGCUGGGCGCCAUGGUGUAGUCGGAGAGAAAGGACCAAAUGGACUUCCUGGGCUCCAGGGAAAAGCUGGUGCAAAGGGAUCUAAAGGAGAAGUUGGAGACCCAGGGAAGACUGGUGAGACGGGACCCUCUGGAGAGCCAGGUAUUCCUGGUGAGAUUGGUAUCCCAGGAGAGCGGGGAAUAGCAGGGCCUCGAGGAGUAGCUGGAGGAAUUGGGCCUAUUGGCAAUGAUGGGCCUCAGGGAAUCAAGGGCUUCCAGGGGAUGAAAGGAGCUCUAGGGGAUCCUGGUCUGCCCGGGCCAACAGGAAUCCGAGGAGAGUUUGGUGAAAGAGGUCCAGUUGGUGCUUCUGGGGCUAAAGGAGAUAUGGGUGUGGCGGGAAGUGAUGGUUUGCCAGGAGAAAAUGGAGAACCUGGUCCAUUUGGUCCAGUGGGUCAAAAGGGAGAGCCAGGGAAACACGGUGAACUGGGGCCAAAGGGUGUGACAGGACCACAGGGUGAGCUUGGUGCUAGAGGACCCCCUGGAAAACAAGGUCUAAUGGGCUUACAGGGAGAACAAGGGAUGCCCGGAAUUGCAGGAAAGACUGGCGUACCGGGUAAACUGGUGAGCGAGCAGCACAUCAGAGAGCUGUGUGGAUCUAUGAUUGAUGAUCAGAUUGCACAGCUGGCAGCUAACCUCAGACGACCUCUGGCUCCAGGACUGGUCGGUCGACCUGGCCCAGCAGGGCUCCCUGGCAAGCCUGGUGUAGUUGGCUCCAUAGGUCACCCAGGCGCCCGAGGACCCCCUGGGUAUAGAGGGCUUCCAGGAGAACUGGGAGACCCUGGUCCAAGAGGUGACAUUGGUGAGCAGGGUGACAAAGGGCCCAUCGGCAAAGCUAUUGAGGGUCCUGUUGGAGACCAAGGAUACCAAGGUCUUCCAGGAGUGCCUGGUAUUGUGAAGGAUGGGCGUGAUGGGUCCCCGGGAGACCCUGGUGAGCCUGGAGAGCCGGGCAGAGUAGGAAGGACUGGACACCAGGGACCCCCUGGAAUCUGUGACACAUCAGCCUGCCAAGGGGCAGCCCCUAAUGGGAAAUCUACAAACCCCAAAAACCAUUAAACUUAGACCACCGGAGUCCAACCACCUGAACAGAGGUGAUGUGAGAAGAAGUUAAGGAUGUCUAUGACAAAAUCUUUUAAUUGAAUUCAUGUAUCACACUAUGAAAAGAAAAACCUCUAAUGUGAUACACUGGGAGGAAAAUACAAACAUCCAGGGAGCAACUUGAAUACCAGAACAAUUAAAGACAGGCACCAAGCAACAUCAGUAAAAGAAGUGGAAUAAAGUGCAAGACUACAACUGAAGUGCUCCCAAUGUCUGAUGACAGGACUUGACAGGAAAUGAAAAGGAGAGAUUUUUGUGUAAAAACUGUACAUGUUUCUAUGCUUCUUGUACCUAACAUAGUCUUAAAAACAUUCAAUACAGCUCUGAACUGAAUGUGCGUGUAUAAUGGCCCUUAAAUGUAAAUUACCUCAAUGACCAGAACACAUCUUGAGUGAAAAUAUAGUUUCACAUUCCACAUUCUGGAUACAGCAUUGUGCAUAAGAGCCGUAGAAUGAAACGGUGACCCAGGUUCCCAGAAACUGCGUACAUAAAGAAUUUUGAUAGUUGUUUUUUACAAGUUUGAUUUUUGUGUAGUGAAUUCCAUGUAUCUGGCUUUAAAAAACGACCAAACCAUUUAUGAAUCAAUACAUAAAUCUAAGCUUUGUUUUUUCAGUUUUCAGUUCAGUUUUAGUCCCUCCAUGACCACGUCCACUAUGUACUGACAGUGCUGUAACUAUUAAAUUUACAUGACUUUAAAUACUAUUUAUUAUUGUGGGUGACUGUUGUAUGUACAGUAAGAUUAUACAGCGACAUGUUGUAAGAAAAGACAA